UUAACGUCCAUUCGUCUUAUGAAAGUGCUAAGCGUUUGGGUGACGUAUCAAUACUUAAGGCAAAUAUCAACAAUUUUCUAUUCUAACAUUUCACUUGACUGUAUCUCAUAUAAUAGCUAGUUAAACCCUUCAGCCAAACUAACAAGUUUGCCAAACUAUACUCAAGUUUUCCAAAAUCAUUUGAAAACGAUGCCGAGAUGCAAUGUGUUGUUAUGGGUAUUGGAGAUGCAAAAAGUCGUGGUUACAGAGUACCGGUCCGAGUGAAGUAUGGUCGUAGUGCUUGUCAAAUUCCAGAAUCAAUGUCUAGUAUAAAAUAUAUUAUUGCUGAUACAUGGAGUAAUUUCCUUUGCUCCGUAUCUACUAGUUCGUUUCCGUUUCCUUGUAAUCGAGGUGAUCCUCUUAUAUGCCGCGGUCGACAAUUAGGCAUCACUAGUUAUGGAUAUAGCACCAAAACGUUUGUAGGCGCCGAAGAAACAAAUUGUGGCAACCAAGAUAUUCAAAUCAGACAUUUACUCAUCGUUGAUUAUGUCAAGUGGAUUGUCUCAACUAUAUCUAAUAUGACAAGUGACAACGUUACAACAACUACUACAGCCAAGUUAUCAACAAUAACAUCUGUUGGAAAAAGUACUUUUAACCCAAACGAUUUCCCUUAUUUGGUGUAUUUGAAAGGCAAUGCUGGGGAACCAGUAUGUGGUGGAUCAUUAAUUUCACCAAUUCAUGUACUCACUUCGGCUUACUGUAUAAGUAGGUCGACCAACAUAACUGUACAUCUUAGUGUAGAAGAAGAUCAAAUUAGUUACGGUCGUCCUCGUGUCCAUCCUGAUUAUGCACUACGUGGCAUGAACGCAAACAUUGGCAUUAUUGUACUCGAAGUACCAUUUGUUGUCGAAAAUUAUGUAAAGCUUGCCGAGUUUUCGAAAUUGUCAAAUAAUAAGAAAGUAAUUAGCCAUUUUUGUGUGGUGAUAAUUAAAAGACCUUUAAAACAACAUUAUUUUGUCCCAGUAAAUGUAAAAUAUGGUCCUAAAGCUUGUCGAAAACCCGGAAAGCAAGAAACUUACCUUCGAAAUUGGGAUGCAUAUUUCUGUGCUCAAUUUGAUGAUAAAAAUUUUCUUAAUGAAGAAAUAGGAGAUCCGUUGAUUUGCAAUGGAUUGCAAUACGGCAUUGCUAGUCACCAUUGGCUAAUCCCUUCAGGAAAAGAUAUUAAAAAGGAAUUUCACUAUAUGCGUGUAAACAAUUUUAAACAAUGGAUUGAUGAAGUAACAAUGCCUUUAAGUUCAUCUGGAUCUAUUCUAUCUGUUGUUUCAGUCUGCUAUAUCGUUUUGUCUCGUUCUAUAUUAUCAAUAAUGGAAUCAUGCAUCAAGAAAAAUUAUUUUAAAUAG